AUGGCUGUCGUUGAAAAAGAUCAAGAGAUCGGCCACAUUGAUAUGGAGGCCGUAUCUCAAGCAAGCAGCCAUCAUACCGAAUACCGUAACAAUUUGGAUCUUACUGAAGAAGAAAAACUUGUCGAGAAGCGCCUGGUGCGUAAACUCGAUUAUCGUCUCAUGCUUUGGGCUUUCCUUGCUUACUGGGCUAACGGCUUGGAUCGUAACAAUAUGCCCAAUGCUUAUACAACCGGUAUGAAAGAAGAACUUGAUCUCGACAGCAGUGCAUACAACUGGGCUAUCACCAUGUUCUUCAUUGGCUAUGUCAUUUUGCAAAUUCCCGCCAACGUUGUCAUCACCCGAGUACGUCCUGCCAUCAUGUUGCCGCUUGUUGUGACCCUUUGGGGUGCUGUCGUUUGUUUCAUGGCCCUUGUCAAGAACCAUAGCGCACUCUUUGGCUUGCGUAUCGUCCUUGGUUUCACUGAAGCUCCCUUCUAUCCCGGCAUGGUUUACUUGCUUGGUAACUGGUAUACUCGUCAAGAAUUAGGCUCUCGCACUGCCUUUUUCGUUGCUGGAUCUCAAUUCUCUGGUGCCUUUUCUGGUCUUAUUUCAGGAUCCAUUUCUCAAACUUUGGAUGGCGCAGCUGGCAUGCGAGGCUGGAAAUGGCUUUUCAUUAUUGAAGGUCUCAUUGGUGUUGUUAUUGGCCUUAUGGGCUUCUUCCUUAUCCCCGAUUACCCCCACAACACUCGCUUUAUCAAGGAUGAUGAACGUCGAGUCGCCAUCAAACGUUUGGAGCGUCAAGGCAAGAAGGUCAUUGCCACUGGUCUCAACUUGCAAACCUUGCGUAACAUUGCAACCACGCCCUAUGUGUACUUGUUCAUUCUUAUCUUCACUUGCAUGCAACUUGGAAUGGGUAUCCUUCAACAAUUUGCUAUCAUCCUCAAGGAAAUGGGCUACGAGGCCUCCUUUGCUAACUACAUGACCGUGCCUGUUUGGUGCUUUGCUGCCAUUGUCAUUGUCACCCAAGGCUAUCUCUCUGACAAAUAUGGCCAUCGUCACUGGCACAUUCAAGCUGGUGCCGUGUGGACCUUGAUUUGGUACAUCUUAUUGGUGGCUGUCAACAAUGGCCAUGUACCCAUCCCAUUGUUGUACGUCUGUGUCUAUAUGGUUGUCCCUGUUCUCGGUAUCUCUCCCAUCAUGAUGACAUGGAACAAUGAAAUCCAUCAAUGUGAUCCUGAAACACGUGCCCUUGCUAUUGCCAUGGUUAACUCGAUUGGUAACCUUGCCCCCAACUUUAUCAAUGUUGCGGCAUGGACCGUCACCCAAGCACCUGCAUUCCGCCUUGGAAAGAUCGUUACCACCGCUACUACGGCUGCCAUGAUUGUCAUGUGUGCUAUUGUCUAUAUCUUGGAACGCUACAAAAUCUUGCUUCCCAAGGCUCAGCAACGUAUUGAAACCGAGAGCAUGGAAAAGAAGGAAGAACACUAA